UAGUUAAAGGAGCUGUGUCACCUCGUGCGCAUCUUUUCUGCGCAUAACAAAAAUGAUCGGAAAUUGUCGGAAAUCAUUCGGAACAAAUGUCGCCAUACGGAUGAGUGAAGCAAAACAAUAUGAGGAAAAUCAAUAUGCAAGCCGUUGUGAUUGCAAAAGCUCGUGUAGCACCAAGAGAAAGGGAAAUAGAGGCUGUCCAUGCAAAGGGAAUAACUCAUUGUGUUCGAGCGAGUGUAAAUGCGGUACCAGUGCAAAACCUUGCAAGAAUAGAGAAAUAGUAGAAAAUCCCGACAGAGAGCGAGACGACAGAAGCAGACCAGCAGCACGAACACGUGCAAAAUCAAGCGGCGGAGCGCAAGGUUUUCGUUUGAGCCACAAUCCCAUGGAAUCCGAGGAAAGUCAGAGAGAAAAAGAGCACAAGGACGUUAAGGACUUCAUUGAUACAUUGGACGAGAGUUUGGUGAGAAAGCUUGCAAUUCGAGGCUUGCGCAGGGGAAUUGGUAGCAUGGACUACAUACACUCCUUGUUACUAAUGGAGGAUGACCUGGAUGAGGCUGGUGAUGAGAGUCAGUUUUGGCAUGGAACCUCCACACAAGAUCCAGAGGCACAGGAUCAACCAAAUAAGCCACCCACCCAAGAUCCAGAGCACUUUGGAACAAAUAAGCCUGACUGGUGUAAUUGUGGAAGAUGUCAACCCAUGCCACAGGAGGUUGAGAACAAGUGCUGUAAAUUAAAAAAAUGCAUCACACUUUCUUCCCGCUUCACAAAAUUAUGCCUCGACCCUGAUGUGCUGGAGCUGUGUAUAAGAAAUACGGGAGAUAUACGUAAUGACAGGGAAGAUAAUAGCACAAGAGCAUUUAGAAAGGCAGCAUAUAGACAAUUUAUUUUGGCACGGCAUGGUCACCUGGGCAGGGGUAACAGACGAGUAUGCCCCUCAUGUGUUGUUUUAAAAAUUAGGGAACGUUUUCCAUCAAUCACAGGAAUUUACAUGGGAUUUAGGGAACACUAA